AUGAAUAGUCCACCAUCCCAAUACGCGAUGCCCGGUCGACAGCCACAUCCAACAUCCUUUUCUGUACAGGCAUAUGGCCAAGCGCAUACCACAAAUCAGUUCGCGUCCUCGCGACCACCAUCUUAUGGCCCUCCCGCUCCUCCGCAAUAUUCAAAUCAACCCCAAUGUCACCGUCCUCCUCCCCCUUCGCCAACCGGAUUCUCACCUCAAAUGCACACGCGUCCCUAUAUGCCACCUCUUCAUACUACGCCCCAUAGCUCGCCAACAAUAACAACUCCACCAAUGCACUGGGGUUUUGAUCGGUCUGGCGCAAGCCCCUCAUUUCCGCCUCCACAGGGAUACCCUCCUGGUCCGCCUCACGCACAAAGAAUGCUUCAUGAUCGUGGCGGAUUUGGACAACAGCGGAAUUUUGGCGGCGUGGAUCGCCGAUCCCAGAAUCGAUCUAACAAACGUCCACACUCAACUGCAUUUUCUCAGAGGCCAACGGAGAACCGGCCAACUGCACCACUCCCCAUCCCUAUUUUUGGCAAUCCGUUACCUUCGAAGCCUCCACCAGCAAUCGACGCAACCCGAAAAGCGAAAAAGAAAAGACGUAAAUACAACCAGCUCGGCCUGACACCCAGAACGGAGGACCAUGAAUCAAGUGAAGAGGAAGAUGACAUUAAUGAGGAAUUGAGACUUGCUAUGCUAAUGAAAGGAAGCGAAUUAAAGGUUACGUAUAGAGGUCGUACUGCUACAUUACAAUCGGCAGCAGACAUCACGGCGUGGCUUCAGGACCGUAGGCAACGAUAUCCUACUGCAGCGAGAAUAGCAGAGAAAGUAAAGGAGUCGAAAGAAAGAAAAGCGGCAAGGGAAGCUAGAAAAGCUGGACUUGGGGGAAUUGCAAAGAGACACAGAGAAGAAAUGACGAACAAGGAAAUAGAAAAGGUCAAAGAGAAGCUGUCCUGUGAGCAAGACCCGGUGGAAGCGGCUGAAAAGGCGAAGUUAAAAGCAGAGAAGCUUCGGAAGAAACUGUUGAAGGAGGAGGAACGAAUUGCUAAGGCCGAGGCGGCGGCGGAGAGAGCCCGACAAAAUGUUGAAAGCUUGAAAGUGAAUAACGAACUUUCAGCGUAUGAGCCAAUAAUGGAAGCGACUGCAGAGGGUGAUCUUGCUGCCGGUGUCUCACAUAAUAAUGAAACUAACAUUAAUGGCACUGUUGGACAGGGAUUAGAGCAGGAGACCCCAACAACCCAGGGUGCGAUGGAUGGUGAAAUGAGCUCAGGGAUGGAUAGGAUCCAGGGUGCACAAGCCAGACAGGACAAUAAUAAUCACGUCUCGCUUGACACGAUCGGCGAUCUCAACGAUGAAACAUCAUCAAGCGGCUCAGACAGUUCAACAGACGACAGCGAUGAUACUGGGGAGAGCGAAUCCGGGCCGGAGCUGAUGACUUCGAAGCGACAGCGACCGGACCGGGUUCCCCCGCCGGCGCGCAGGAGCAAUAACACGUGCCACCAGCUGCUCAAGACAGGCACAUGCCGGCGCGAGCAUUGCCAAUACAAACACGAGAUUGCUGCGGGCGAGAAGAACACAGCUGGAGGCGGAGAACGGGAGCGACAAAGCUUGAUGCAGGCACUGAUGGCACGGCAGCGCGAGGAUGAGGACCAGCGCGUGAUGGAGGCGAUAUCAAGGCUGGGCGAGCAAGGGCUGCUGAACGAAGACGCUUAG